AUGAAGCUAUACACAUUCCUGCCAUGUAUUGCCAUUUCGGCUUGGGCUAUCUCGCCAGGCAAUGCCGCUACUAAGGCCUACAAGACAUGCCGCAAGCUUCCAAAAGAUCCCGAUUGGCCAAGUCCUGAAAUAUGGGAGGCAGCACUAACAGGUGUGAUCCCGAUACAGGCCAAUUCUACGACUGGUCCUCUCCCAAAUUAUCGAUUCCGUGCACACUCUAUUGAAGAGGUCCAGGAUGCCGUACGGUUUGCCACAGAACACAACAUCCGCCUGGCCGUUGUCACUACAGGGCAUGACCAGCUUGGCCGGAGCGACGCUGGGUCAGGUCUUCUGCUUGAUCUGUCUUUCCUGAGAGGCAUCAAGGUUCACGAAUCUUUCAUUUCAACUGAGAGUGGUACAGACAGGCUAGACCACACGGAGGAGCCCAAUGUCAUCAUUCCAGUUCCGGGGGUUCAAGCUGCUGCUACGUUUGGACCGGCGGCAGCUGGACUCUAUCUCAACUACGCACUUGAUCCCUCUGGCUUAUUCAGCAUGAGUGGAGCUGCAGCCACCGUGGCUAUAGCUGGAGGAUGGGGCCAGAAUGGCGGCUAUGGGCCACUCACCUCUCAGUACGGGCUCGGAGUCGAUCAGUGGCUGGAAGCCAAAGUAGUUACACCUGACGGGCAGCUUCGCAUCGCAAACGACAAAAUCAACAGGGACCUAUUCUGGGCCAUUCGUGGUGGAGGCGGCAGUACAUUCGGCGUCGUAGUCGAAGCCACCUGGAAGGUUUAUCCUACAGUCCCUAUGACCGGCUUCAACUGGUGGAUCAACUCAACUAUUACAGGUCCAAAUUCGACUGACUACGAAACUGGCCGAACACCGAUGAGCGAGGCUAUGGAGUACUUCUUGUCCGAGUUACCGGGCCUUCAAGAGAAGGGCAUCACGGCUUAUAUUUAUGCCUCACCGAGCAGCGUUCGAUGUUACGCUAUACAUCCAGCAGAUCGUUCUGGCGUAGCCAAUGCAAACGCCGUAUGGGGUCCGAUUUUGUCUAAAAUGCAGGCAUUCCCAGGAAUGACUCCUUUUCAGUCGCGGCCUUACGACUUUGUCGAUUACAAGAACUUCUUCGACACAACUUACGGCCCGCUUCCAAAUCCAGGGGAUGAGCCCGCCCCGCCUUACAAUCGCGGCAUCGUCACCUUUGACAGUCGAUUACUCGGCGCCGAGCACUUCCGCAGUCCCAACAUAACCAUUGCGUUACGGGAAACAAGAGGCAGCUAUGGUAUUCUGGUUUGCUCGCCCGGUGGGAGAUUCGGAGAUGGAUCUGAGACCUCAAACAACCCGGGAUGGCGGAAGGCUGUCGCGCUCGUCGUUGGCUACAAGACGAAUACAACCAACGUAGACGGGCUACGGCGUCUCGCUCCCUAUAUGGGGACAUAUAUCAACGAGGCGAGUACAGAACAGGAGCACUGGACUUCAGCAUUCUGGGGCACGAAUUACCCGCGCCUUUCUAAGAUAAAAUCUGAGAUCGAUCCAAAUAUGAUGUUCUGGAUUAGUCCUGGAAUCAAUGCCGACCACAUGGAAGUGGUCGAUGGGCGUGCUUGUCUCAUCAAAGAUCCGCCCGACGAGCCCUCUCUGAUCCCUCCACCAACCGACAGACGUAUUGUGGCGGAUAUGGCCAAAGAUGGGCAUUUUCUUUUUGGCAACAGAGAACUUAUAGGCACCACGUACCCGGCUCCUGGAACGUGGGAAGGCUUACAGCUUCCCGAAUAG